AUGGCUAUCAAAGCUGUAACUCCCAAUGUAAAGGAUUAUCCCUAUAAUUUGGGCAACUUUGGCCGAAUCGUGACGACGGAUAGUCCCGAGGCCCAAAUAUGGUUCAAUCGAGGCCUGACCUGGGCAUUUUGCUUCAAUCACAAAGAAGCCUCCAUAUGUUUUCAACAUGCUAUCAACCACGAUGAAUCCUGUGCUAUCGCACACUGGGGUCUGGCAUAUUCCUCGGGUCCCAACUACAAUCAACCUUGGGAAUUCUUUGGCGUUGAUCUGGAGGAUAUCGUAAAGCGCACCUACGAAGCCUCCCGCAAAGCACAUGCCUUGGCGACCACCGCAACACCCAUUGAAAAGGCUCUCAUCGCUGCGAUCCAACUUCGUUUCCAGAGUGACAAGCCCGCCAGUCUCGAACAAUUCGCUGCUCAGAAUCUUGCCUAUGCUGACGCAAUGGAGGGGGUGUAUCGCGAAUUCAGAGAUGAUCUCGACGUUACGGCCUUGUACGCUGACUCUAUAAUGAGUCUCACUCCCUGGAAACUGUGGAAUAUCCAGACCGGUGAACCUAACCCAGGCACGCGCACCCUGGAAGCCAAAAAUGUAUUAGAGAGCGCUCUGAAACACAAAAAUGUGUCCCAACACCCCGGUGUGCUGCACUACUAUAUCCACUUGAUCGAAAUGUCCUCCACGCCCGAGUUGGGACUGGUUCCAGCCGAUCACUUGCGUAACUUAGUCCCGGAUUCUGGACAUGCAAGCCAUAUGCCAUCCCACCUUGAUGUCUUGAUUGGUGAUUAUCGAGCUGCCAUUCUUGCCAACCAGCGCGCCACGCUCGCCGAUGAAAAGUUUGUCAGCAUUGAAGGCACCAUGAACUUUUACACCACCUAUCGCAUGCAUAAUUACCACACUUUGAUAUAUGCGGCUAUGUUUGCAGGCCAAAAGGCGGUUGCCCUUGAUGCGGUCGAUCGCAUGGAAGCUACUCUCCCCAAAGAACUUAUAGCCGGCAUGCCGGACUUCACUGAAAACUUUGCCUCUGUUCGCCCACACGUAAUGAUUCGGUUCGGAAUGUGGGAUGAGAUCAUCGCGCUCCCGCUCCCUGAAGACCAGAAACUCUUCUGUGUUACCACAGCAGCGACCUACUACGCGAAAGGUGUAGCAUAUGCCGCUAGCGGAGAUGUUCCCAAGGCCCAGGAGUUGCGUGAGCUCUACCGAGAAGCAGCAAGCCGCAUUCCUGAAUCUCGACUCGCCUUCCCGAAUAAAUGUGUGGAUGUUCUCGGUGUUGCGGCUGCUAUGUUGGACGGUGAGAUCGAAUAUCGUCGUGGAAACUAUGAAGUCGCGUUUGAGCAUCUUCGCCGUUCAGUUGAGCUGGAUGAUAAAUUGGGCUACAGCGAGCCCUGGAGCUGGAUGCAACCUGCUCGUCAUGCAUAUGCAGCUCUGUUAUUGGAGCAAGGCCAUGUGGAGGAGGCAGCGGCUGUUUAUCGAUGUGAUUUGGGCCUCGAUGAUACUGCUAUUCGUGCACGACAGCACUUGAAUAACGUUUGGGCGUUGCAGGGAUACCAUGAGUGCUUGCUGCGGUUGGGUCAAGUCGCGGAGGCCCGAGUUAUCGAGCCGCAGUUAAAGAUUGCGCUGGCUGUAGCUGAUGUUCCCAUCACGUCUUCAUGUUUCUGUCGUACUGAUACACCUGAAGCUUGUGGUGUGAAGAAGACUUGUGGACAGACAGCUUGUUUGUGA